UCUCUCUGUUCAUUUUCUCUUUCUCUCUCUCUUUCUCUGUUUUCUCUCUCUAACGCACACACACUCAUUUCUCUUUUCUCUCCGACUUGCGAGCCCGAGCGAUCCAACCCUAACAUUCACCAUGUUCCGCCGCGCUACAUCUACUUUCCUCUCUCGCGCCGCCGCUACCCGUCGAUUCUCCACCGAUGUGGCUACCCCUGCCGCCGAUUCCGCUUUCGUUGAAGCUUGGAAGAAAGUUAGCCCCAAUCUAGACCCACCGAAGACACCUUUCGAAUUCCUCAAACCUCGUCCUCCAGUUCCUACUACGCUUCCUACUAAACUCACCGUCAAUUUCGUUCUUCCUUAUUCUUCUCAAUUGGCCGCUAAAGAGGUUGAUAUGGUUAUAGUCCCAGCUACAACUGGCCAGAUGGGUGUUCUCCCAGGACAUGUCCCAACAAUUGCUGAGUUGAAACCUGGGGUCCUGUCUGUACACGAAGGGAAUGAUACAACCAAGUAUUUUGUCAGCAGUGGCUUUGUCUUCAUCCAUGCAAACUCUGUUGCUGAUAUUAUCGCUGUUGAGGCUGUCCCAGUGGAUCAAAUUGAUGCAAGCCUAGUGCAGAAGGGUCUUCAAGAGUUCACUCAGAAGCUCAACUCAGCAUCAACUGACUUGGAGAAAGCUGAAGCCCAGAUUGGUGUUGAUGUGCAUAGCGCUCUCAACUCAGCUCUUACAGGCUAAGUACCUUAGUUGAGCUUUUUACUUUUUCAAUUUGUUUAUUUCCCCCUCGGUUAUUUGUCUCAGUGUAAUCAAAGUUGCUGAAGAACAUUUUCAUCAUGUAUUUUUGUGUUGAAAACCGAAUUGAUGAAAUAAUAUAUUUCAACAGCUUCCAUCUAUAGCUCCAGGAAGUUGAGCAAGACCUUGAAAUUAGAAACAAAAGCUUGAUAUAUAUAUAUUUUGGAUUAUAUGCAAUACGACUUCAACUUCAUAA